AUGACAUUUGGAUGGACUGUAGAGAUUUGAAUAAGUCAUUUUUUUUGCUGCCAUUUGCAUAGGGACUCAAGUAGUCCACACACCUAAUGCGACAGUGAGCUUCAUUUUCUGUGUGCUUCUGUUCAGUUUUUUUAAGGAACUAAGAAUGGAUAAGACCGGAGAAGCUGAUAUGGAUGAUCUGGAAACAGUGGAAUAUCUGGAGGAUAUGGAGGACAUGGAGGAUAUAGAGGCUUUGAAAGCCACUGAAGCUCUUGAAUCUGCUCCACCUUACCCAGGCCAUCCAGCAGAUUACGUAGGAAGAGAAAUGACCCACAACCAAGGAUACAAUUCAUCUCCAUAUCCCAAUAUUCAUAUGGGAUACACCUCAUACCCAGAGCCGGGAGUUAAUCCAAACUUUCAGGGAGCUCCAAAUCAAGGGAUAUAUCCUCAGGUUAACAGUCCAAACCCUGGGAUGUAUCCUCAAGCUAACACUGUAACAACCACAGUGAUGCACCCCAGCUUGCGUGAUUUACCCGCUCAAACCAUGUGCCCUCACUGUAAGCACCAGGUGAUCACUAUUACAGAUCACUACUCCGGUCUCAUGGCCUGGAUGGCCUGUGGCUGCCUUGCCCUCAUCGGGUGCUGGCCCUGUUGUCUAGCACCUUUCUGGAUGGAUUCGUGUAAAGAUGUGGAGCAUCGCUGCCCAAACUGCAACAACAUCUUGUCUUUCUACAAGCGUCUGUGAUCUGGAUUCAAACAUGUCCCUCUUGGUCUUUGAUUUGAAUGGGAUCUAAUGGGUAUAAGACAAAGGAACGUGUCUGAAUUUUAUUUCACACCAUACUAAUUCCAACACAGGUUUCUAAAAAAAAAUAUUUCAAAUAAUUAUGCCACUAUUACGACACAUGUAGUAAGAAUAUAUAGUAAGUACAUUGUAUGAAAUAUUUAUGAAUAUAAAUAUUGUAUGAAAUAGAAUACUUAAAACUGUUGUAAAAACUUCUGUCAGAACUCAUGCCUGUAAAUGCAGUUCGCAGUUA